AUGCCAAAAAAUCGUAACAAAAAAACUACUAUUGCUAGCUUCUCUCCUACAUCUACUUCAAUAUCUAACUUUAAGCCAUCGUUUCCUCCGAAAAUAACGAUUGAAGAAUUAAUUUCUAAAUCACUUAGCAAUGUAGAUUCUAAAUAUAAUAGAACUCCCAAUCCUUUCAUUAUUUAUCGAAAAGUUUUUAACCGUGAAAUAUCAAAACUGAAUAUCGAUCUAUCUUUAAAAGAGAUUUCUUCGAAGGCUAGCGAAAGUUGGCAUAAAGAAACAGAGCACGUUAAAAAUGCCUAUAGAAAGCUUGCAGAAGAUGCAAAAAUUCGCUUUAAAAAUAUAGCACCUUUAUGUGUCGUUACAGAUAAUCAAUAUAAUCAGAACAAUAUGAAUAAGGAUGAUAUUAAUGGGGGCUUAAAAAUUCUUUAUUUUGAUCCAAAUCGGGAUGAAAGAGAUAAUCAGGAAAAAGACGUGGACAAAGAAGAUAUUAACGAUGAUUCGGCAUCUCUGUCCGAUAUAAAUAUUGACACGAUGUUAGAUGUCGAUUCUUUUAAUUUUGAACCUACACCAAUCAUUGACGAACAAUCUAUGACAUUUGCUAGGGAUCACAGUCCUUUAAUGCUUGAAUCAUCUCUUUCGUUAACUGCCAAAAAUGAUAAUCAUUAUAAUUUAGAUCAAUCUUUAUGGAACUCUCAAAAUAAUUUAUACUAUCAUUAUAUCGUGCAAAAACUUCUUGCACGAAUACAAUAUUUGGAAAGACUUUUAUGGUAUCAUCUCAAUGAAAAAAAUAGUGUAAUAAUUCAGAAUCAAUGA